AUGUCAUAUCAAUCUUUUGCCGCGCCGAUCCCACAACCGUUGCUCACUUCCAUCGCAACGUCAAACAAAGGAUCGCGCUUGAGCGACUCUUCGAUAUCGUCUCAUGCGUCUUCCUCAUCCACAGCGUUCAGCUGGACUCCGUCGCGUGAUUCAGUAUAUUCGACUUCAUCAGAUGGAUGGUCUGCGACCGUCGUAACCCCUAGAAAGGAAAAAGGAUUUGAGCUGGAAAUUUGGAAGAACAAUGCUGAAGUGGAAGGGAGAGGGGAGAUCGAGUAUAUAGACUUGGCCGGGAAGGAAAGUUGGUGGAACUCAACUCAGCCUUCAUCUAGAGUGCUAGACCAUGAGGAGAAGAAGGAAGAUGUUCAAAGGUGGUUGGAUGACUCCCCUACUUUGCCAUCGUCAUCUGUACUUCCAGAAAUCGAUAUUAUGCCCUCCAGUUUAUCGGGCGACUUAGUGUCAAAGAAGAGAUGUCAAUAUCAGAUGGCUGGAAAGCGGAUUUAUGACCAAGAGAAAACCAUAUUUGAUGUGUUUGAAACCAACGAUAAUGAAGGAGAAAAUGAUACUUUGUUCUCAGGUGUAUCUAUACACCGACCUUUCACUACCAAAAUUCGACCUCCUCUUCCUAAUCAUUUCACCGAUCCCAUCGUCCCAGUUAUUCCAUCACGCAAUUCUUCCAGAAGACGUCCGGUUCUACCGUCAAGAGGAUCAUCCUUAAAAUCUCUAAAAAGCCAGGAGUCAUCUGGUCCCCCAGUCGCUGGACCUUCACGAGCUAUAGCUUCUCAUCGACCUACACCAGCUCGCACGUUCUCACAUCCUCCUCCAACCACCAAUCGACGAUCCUCCCUGCAUAAACAUCGUAGACUAUCGCCAGCUCUUCUUCAGCCUAUAUCGGAAACUCCCAAGGAUUUAGACGUACCUCCAGACGCUAGUUGGGCUUUACGUUCCUCUCCUCCCAAAAUUGGUUUGGCUAAAUCAACACCUAAUUUGCGGCGAAAAAACUUAGACAUGACACUGAAAUUCAAGUUCAAACGAUCCAGCUCUCAAAAGGAUUGUCCAGGAGCAAAUGAUUUCAUGCCUUGCGAUUCUUUCCCUUCCUCCCGAGACCUAUUCGAAAUUGAAAGAGAAGGUAGAGCUUCUUUGUCAGAUAUAGCAAGAUCAUUUAUUUCAUCAUUACCUGAUAGUCCUGGAAGAAUCAGUCUAGAUGGAAGGCCGGACAUCAAUCUUGGCUUGAGGAAGAGUCCUAAAACAAAUUCUCUAUUGGGAUUGAAAAAAAGUCAAUCACAAAGAAGACCUUCUCUGCUAGGCCUGCCCGAAUGGAAUCCCAGACCCAAUGCAAGAUCAAUGAGUGAUUCUCACAUAACUCAAUCGAGUUCUAGAACACUUGAUGCUUUGAGAAGAAGUCGAGAUUCACCUUUGUCAAAUUCGGAAGAUAUAUUUGGUUCUUCAAGUAAAAGAUGUUCGAUCUCAUCAAAUACAAGACCGUAUUUGGAGGAGGAUCUGUUAGCUGUUCUGGAAGCUGAAAAUUGGGAUUGGCCAUCACCGCCAUUCAGAAUUAAUAGAUCAGAAUCUACACCUGGAUUAUCAACAUCAGGGACUUUGGAAAGUAUGGCAAGCCCUCAAACUCCAAGUGAAAGUGAAUUUGUACUUCACGGUGAAGUGGAAUGGUUAGCGAAAGCCGGGAAAGAGAAAAAGAGCGAAUGGAGAUCAAUGAGUCUGGGAGAAAGCAUAGAAAGUAUAGAUAUCUCGCUUUAG